UCGGGCGGCGUUGAAAUGUGACAGACUAGAUGAUUAGGACCACUCCUAUUGUCACUUCUGGCUUUGUGUCCAUGUGCGUGUGUUUCAGUAAUGGCACGGGUGUAUUUCAUUGGGAAUGAAAUGUAGCAUAUCAAUAAUAGACGGUUGCGCAUGACGCUUUUCGGAUAGAAAAAUAGAUCCAAGAACUGAAACUUAACUCAAACUAAACGGUUGACUUUGCAAACUGGUAUUUGUAGAUUUAAAAGAAGAAGAAGAAGAAAAGACAUAAAAAGAAAAAUAUUUUUACUGAAUAACAUUUUAAUCAUCAUGUUUGGUUUAGGAUUAGGACUAUUUGGAGAGACGCCGAUCCCGGCAAUGUUUCCGCUACCAACGCUUCAUUUUACGCCAAAUCAAGUUGCAAAGGUCUGCGAGACUUUGGAGGAAAGUGGCGACGUUGAGAGACUCGGUCGUUUCUUGUGGUCACUGCCGGUCAACCCUUCGACCUGCGACGCACUGAACAGACACCAAUCGGUACUGAGGGCACGAGCCCUUGUUGCCUUCCACUCGGGCAACUUUAGGGACCUGUAUCACAUCCUGGAGACUCAAAAGUUCUCCAGAGAAUCUCACCCGAAACUCCAGGCGAUAUGGAUGGAGGCGCGCUACCAAGAAGCGGAGAAAAUCAGGGGCAGACCCCUGGGUCCGGUCGACAAGUACAGGGUGAGGAAGAAGUAUCCGCUGCCGAGAACAAUCUGGAACGGAGAACAAAAAUCGCACUGUUUCAAGGAGAGAACGAGGAACCAUCUCCGGGAAUGGUAUCUCCAAGACCCGUACCCGAAUCCCAGUAAGAAACGCGAACUUGCCGAGGCCACCGGUCUAACGCCGACACAAGUUGGGAACUGGUUCAAGAACCGCCGGCAGAGAGACAGAGCCGCUGCCGCAAAAAAUAGGUUACAUCGAAAGAAUCCAGACGACCAGAAGCGUGGAUCCGAAUCCCUGCACAGCCCAGACGAGAGCACGUCUAAAGACCACUACAUGACCCACGACUCCGCCGCCAUCAACACCGACUCCUUCUCAGAGUCAGACGAUGACGACGACAUGUUUGAUGCGCGCAGUAAUACCAGUUCGACGUCACCGAGAGCCACGGAGCCGCGUAACGACGUCCCCGAACACCCAGCGGAUAGUUCGGGAACGCUAGACUUGUCAAACAAAUAUAGGCCGUACGAAACAUGAAAUAUGUCCGUGUGUUUUCUGUGAAAACGUUUUUAAAACUGUGACGUGAAUCUCAAGUGUCGUGAUGUUGGUGUCUUACUACAAACAUUUCAUGACGAGCACAACUCAAGUGUUUUGUUGUAAUGCAUGUUGACAGUUAGGAGCCAUUCGGAACUCCUUGGCCGAUUCCACGAUUGAGAAUCCGAAAUUGACCGAGCUGUUCCGAAUGAGUUAGGAGCGUAGCAAAAUAAUCAACCAGUCCAUUUAUUGUAUUCUGCAUUUCGCGUGCACCAGCACGUGAAUAAUGUUAUUUGUUAUUUCUGUGUGAAAUACAAAAUUGUUUUUUU